CCCAUCUCAUUUCUCACACUUUGUCGUAGACUUGUAGUUGGUCAGUUCACAUGGCAAAAUAUCUCUUCACUUUUCUUUUCAUUUUCCUUCUCUCCUUUGCUGGGAUUAUUGCUGCAACCCAAAAGCAUGAUAAACACAGGCAUUCGGGCUUCUCUGAGGCAGAGUGUCCUGGUGCAUGCACAUAUAGAUGCUCAAAAACAGCUUACAAGAAGCCUUGCAUGUUCUUCUGUCAGAAAUGUUGCUUCAAAUGCAGAUGUGUGCCUCCCGGGACCUAUGGCAAUAAACAAGUCUGCCCUUGUUACAAUAACUGGAAGACUAAAAGAGGAGGCCCCAAAUGCCCUUGAAAUUUUCACUUUGUACCCUUUCGAUUUAUUGAAAGGUUGAAGAAUGUGGAUUGCAAAUGAAGUGAUGGGGAGCAGUUGAUCAUGAUCAGAGUUGAGUUUUUUUUUUUUGCAGUUGUUAGACUUGAAUUUUUCAUCAUGAGACUGCUGGGAUUCUAAUUUCUUGCCUUUGUUUAAACUGAUUGGUGUGUUUGAAGUCAAAUAAUUUCUUACUUAGAAGAUUUCUUUUUUUUUUUUUUGGGCAGUGAUGAUCAAAAUUCAAACAUAUGGUUUGUUCCAUUUAGAAUCGGAUUAUCGUUAUUGAGUGUAGAUUUUUUAAUAGCUUGUUCUUGGUAAUGAUCCCAGUUGUUUUCAAGUCAAA